UUCUGGAGAUGAACCCUGUUCACAAAAAGAUCCCUAUUUUGAUUCACAAUAGUAAAGCCAUUUGUGAGUCUCUAAACAUUCUUGAGUACAUUGAUGAAGUCUGGCAUGACAAAUGUCCAUUACUUCCUUCUGAUCCUUACGAAAGGUCACAAGCCAGAUUCUGGGCCGACUAUAUUGACAAGAAGAUAUAUAGCACAGGAAGAAGAGUGUGGAGCGGUAAAGGUGAAGAUCAAGAAGAAGCAAAGAAGGAAUUCAUAGAAAUACUCAAGACUUUGGAAGGAGAGCUUGGAAAUAAAACUUACUUUGGUGGUGAUAAUCUGGGUUUUGUGGAUGUGGCUUUGGUUCCCUUUACUAGUUGGUUUUAUUCUUAUGAGACUUGUGCAAACUUUAGUAUAGAAGCAGAGUGUCCAAAGCUGGUGGUAUGGGCAAAAACAUGUAUGGAGAGCGAGAGUGUCUCAAAGUCCCUUCCUCAUCCUCACAAGAUCUAUGGUUUUGUCUUGGAACUCAAGCACAAGCUUGGUCUUGCUUGAACAAGAAACACUUCUUACCUACUGCAGAAACCAAUCAUGUCCUUCGUCCCUAGUUGUUCAAGCAUCAAUUUAUCAAUAUUGUUGCUACUCUGUCUAUAAAUUUUAUGGUUUGGUGUAAUUUAGUCUUUAAAACUUUACUUGUUGCUACUCUAUCUAUAAGGUUUAUGUUUGGCGUA